CGGAGACGCGGGCGGACAGCGCGUGCUCCAGAUCCUCGUUCAUUCGCGUUGACUGCGGCGGCGGCGGAGCGUCUAUCACCAUGACUGGCGUCCUGUGGAUUACUUUCACUGCGUGUUGAAGCGGGAACGAGAGGCACCAUGGCAGAGAGGUUGGAAUGGGUGGAAAUCAUCGAGCCGCGCACCCGAGAGCGCAUGUACGCCAACCUGCUGACGGGCGAGUGCGUGUGGGACGCCCCGGCGGGCGUGCGGAUCAAGCGCAGUGGACAGGACCAGUGGUGGGAGCUAUUCGACUCCAAAACGUCCCGAUUCUACUACUACAACGCUUCUACCCAGCGCACCGUCUGGCACCGCCCACACAGCUGUGACAUCAUCCCCCUCGCCAAACUACAGACCCUCAAGCAGAACACCAACACGGCUCCGCCCACCGCCACCACGACCAGUGCCUCCGCCGACAGCAGCCCCGCCCGCAGCGCCGUCAGCACCACAUCGUCACAGGAGCAGGAGGAGAAGACCUCCACCGCCGAGGAGGGAGAGAGGUUCAGAUGGGGCACUGGAACCAGAGAGCGGAUGCUCAUCAAGGUGUCGGAUCGGGAACCCAGUUUUUUGACGCAGGGAAACGGAUACUCCAGUUCUUCCCCACGCUCUAGACGCUCAUCCAGCAAUGCUCCUUCAGACCCUGAAGCCACGCCCCUUUCUCUGCCCGACCGCCCAACAACGCAGUCUCCGUUCCUGAAGAGGGCGGAGUUGGGCGGCACUCAGAGGCGCUGCUCGGGCGAUUCCCAGCCAUCGUCCCCUCGGUAUGCUUACGAGCCUCCUUUGUACGAGGAACCGCCCUCGGAAUACCAGUCCCCGCCUAUUUAUGAGGAACCGCCCACUGACAUGCACUGCGAUCAGGCCUUUUUUGGCACUGACAGGUCUCCGGCGCGAAAACCAGGGCUUUUCCAUUCCCCCAAGCAAAGCCCAUCUCCUUAUGGUCAACUGGUGUUGACGAGACAGCGGAGCUCCACCCCCGAGAAGACGCCCAACCAGGGUGAUCGAGACUAUAGCUCAAGUGGGCGGGACUACAGCUCUGCUGGGCGGGACUACAGCUCCAGUGGGCGGGAUUACAGCUCGGGCAUGAGGGACUACAGCUCUGGUGGGCGGGAUUACAACUCUAGUGGGCGGGAGUAUAGCGCCGCCGGGCGGGAAUAUGUAAAGCAGCUAGUUUAUGUCGAGCAGUCUGGCUCCUCCCCUCGGUUUAGGACAACAGAGCGUCUGCUGAGCUAUGGGACGACCAGUUCGAAUAGCCUGUCGGCCGGAUUUUCUUACGGCGGCUCUUUUACGCUACAGCACAGUCACGACCUCAACGGCGGCAACCGGAAACGUAAGAACCGUAAGCCGUCUUUGCCGGGAGGAGAGGGCGACGGCAUGGGGUCCGGACUCGGAGCGAUGAUCACUCAAGCCCGGUUGGCAUGGGAGGCUCAGCAGAUGUUACAUCAGCGAGGGGGCGUGUCUUCCGACCAGGGAUCUAAAGACGGGUAUGAAAGUGACGGGGCGACGCCCCUGCCCCUGCCUGGCCCGGUGGUGCGGGCGUUCAGCGAAGACGAGGCCCUGGCGCAACAGGAAAGCCACUGGAAACGUGCCACCCUAGACAGACUGGCAUUUCCUCAGACGCUGCUAGAAAAGAGUCUGUCGGUGCAAACCAACCUGGCGUCACCUGAACCUUACCUCCAUCCCUCACAGUCGGAGGAUCUCGGAGCGUGUUCUCAGUUCGAGGCCAGUCGUAACGCUCGCAACAUGAUGCCCAGCGCGAGCUGCGGCGUCUUCCCAGAGUUCACGCUCCGCAAACCGUCCUCUGAGACGGACAUCGAGAACUGGGCGUCCAAACACUUCAACAAGCACACACAGGGUCUGUUCAGGAGGAAAGUGUCGAUCGCCAACAUGCUGGCGUGGAGCAGCGAGCCCAUCAAGAAGCCCAUGAUCAUGACGACGGACCGGACGGUGAAGCGCGAGGCUGUAGAGCUCUUCAAACUCAUCCAAACCUACAUGGGCGACCGGCGGGGCAAAGUGGAGCCGCUGGCGGUGGCUCUGGAGGUGGCGGUGAGGGGCUGGAGCUGCCAGGGCCUGAGGGAUGAGCUCUACAUCCAGCUGUGCCGACAGACCACCGAGAACUUCCGCUACGACAGUCUCCAGAGAGGCUGGGAGCUCAUGGCCAUCUGUCUGGCCUUCUUCCCCCCGACGCCUCGCUUCCACAACUACCUGGAGGGCUACAUCUACAGACACAUGGACCCGCUCAACGACACCAAGGGAGUGGCGAUUAGCAGCUAUGCAAAAUACUGUUACCGUAAACUACAGAAAGCUGCGCUCACCGGAGCCAAGAAGGGUUUGAACAAGCCCUCGAUCGAGGAGAUCGCUCACGCUCGGAACGCCAUCUUCCGGCCCUCCAUGUUCGGCUCGUCUCUGGAGGAAGUGAUGGCGAUGCAGAAGGACCGUUAUCCCGACCGCCAGCUGCCGUGGGUUCAGACGCGUCUGUCGGAGGAAGUGCUGAGCCUGAACGGAGACCAGACCGAGGGCAUCUUCAGGGUGCCUGGAGACAUCGAUGAAGUAAACGCUCUGAAACUACAGGUGGACCAAUGGAAGGUGCCGACUGGCCUGGAGGACCCACAUAUUCCAGCAUCGCUGCUGAAGCUCUGGUACAGGGAGCUGGAGGAGCCAGUGAUUCCUCAUGAGUUUUAUGAGCAGUGUAUCAUGAACUACGACAGUCCUGCGGCGGCUGUUAAUGUCGUUCUCAACCUCCCUCACAUCAACAAACUGGUGCUCUGCUACCUCAUCCGCUUCCUACAGGUAUUUGCUCAAGCCUCCAGCGUCUCCAUGACUAAGAUGGACGUCAGUAAUCUGGCGAUGGUGAUGGCGCCGAACUGCCUGCGCUGCCAGUCGGACGACCCGCGCGUCAUCUUCGAGAACACGCGGAAAGAGAUGAGCUUCAUCCGCGUGCUGAUCCAGCACCUCGAUACCAGCUUCAUGGAUGGGGUGCUAUAGCACAAGCACACGUUAGCAUUCACACCUAACGGUAUCUGCAGCUCGCCCACACAUGAAUCACCCGACAAACAACCUCGACAAGCCUCUUCCUGUACACAACACACAUAAAACACAGUCAUGCUCACCUUCCACGUUUAGGUCAAAUCUGCCAUCCCCGAUGAUUUCUGAAUGUUUCUGAAUAGAUAAACCAUCCGUCCUCACACGAUAGUGACUGUCCUGCUUUGGUUUCUAGCGUGCAUGUACGUGCCGAAUGUGUCCGUUUCUGUUUUCUAACUCGACUGACUUGUAGACCAGUCCGUCUGAUUUUAUAUGAUUAAUUUAUUUGUUAUUUAUUUGAAUAAGGGUUUGUAA